AUGCUGCCGUAUUUCCUGCCUGGCUACCCCAUUCCCUCGCCAGAGAUUCUAGCCGCCAGGCCACCACCCUAUGCUUAUCCAUUUUCACCUGCUGUGUCUGAAACUGGCCCACUACCCAGUAGGCCGCCGGUGGAAAAUCAUCCCCCUCGUGCUCGUCAGGUUUUGCUGCCGGAGAUGACUAUGUCUGAAGCCGGUCCACUACCAAGUAGGCCGCCGGUGGAAAAUCAUCCCCCUCGUGCUCGUCAGGUUUGGCUGCCGGAGAUGACUAUCUCUGAAACCGGCCCACUGCCCAGUAGGCCGCAGGUGAAAAAUCAUCCCCCUCAUGCUCGUCAGGUUUGGCUGCCGGAGAUGACUAUGUCUGAAACCGGCCCACUGCCCAGUUGGCCGCUUGUGGAAAAUCAUCCCCCUCGUGCUCGACAAGUUUGGCUGCCGAAGAUGACUAUGUCUGAAACCGGCUCACUGCCCAGUAGGCCGCCUGUGGAAAAUCAUCCCCCUCGUGCUCGUCAAGUUUGGCUGUCGGAAAUGACUAUGUCUGAAACCGGCCCACUGCCCAGUAGGCCGCCUGUGGAAAAUCAUCCCCCUCGUGCUUGUCAGGUUUUGCUGCCGGAGAUGACUAUGUCUGAAGCCGGUCCACUACCCAGUAGGCCGCCGGUGAAAAAUCAUCCCCCUCGUGCUCGUCAGGUUUGGCUGCCGGAGAUGACUAUCUCUGAAACCGGCCCACUUCCCAGUACGCCGCCGGUGAAAAAUCAUCCCCCUCAUGCUCAUCAGGUUUGGCUGCCGGAGAUGACUAUGUCUGAAACCGGCCCACUGCCCAGUAGGCCGCCUGUGGAAAAUCAUCCCCCUCGUGCUCGUCAAGUUUGGCUGUCGGAAAUGACUAUGUCUGAAACCGGCCCACUGCCCAGUAGGCCGCCUAUGGAAAAUCAUCCCCCUCGUGCUCGUCAAGAUUGGCUGCCGGAGAUGACUAUGUCUGAAACCGGCCCACUGCCCAGUAGGCCGCCUGUGGAAAAUCAUCCCCCUCGUGCUCGUUAG